UGGGGCCCAGAGGGGAACUGGGGCCCUGCCUCCCGCUGUCCGCAUGGCCCUGCUGCUCUUGGGGCUCCUGGUCCUCCUGGGCCUCUGGGGGCUGCUCCGUGCCUCUGCCCGCAGCCCCUCCCCAGCCCUGCGAUGGCCCCCCGGGCCUCGCCCGCUGCCGCUCCUGGGGAACCUGCACUUGCUGAGUGUUUCGCAACAGGACCGGUCACUGAUGGAGCUCUCCAAGCGCUAUGGGCCAAUGUUCACCGUCCACCUGGGCUGCCAGAAGACUGUGGUGCUGUCCGGCUAUGAGGCUGUGAGGGAGGCCCUGGUGGGCACUGGGCAGGAGCUGGCGGAUCGGCCCCCCAUCCCCAUCUUUCAGCUCAUCCAGCAAGGCGGGGGCAUCUUCUUCUCCUCUGGGGCGCGCUGGAGGGCUGCCCGCCAAUUCACAGUGCGUGUGCUGCAUAGCCUGGGCGUGGGGCAGGCGCCCAUGGCCGACAAGGUGCUGCAGGAGCUGGCGUGUCUCAUGGGACAGCUGGAUAGCUAUGGAGGCCGGCCUUUCCCUCUGGACCUGCUGGGCUGGGCUCCCUCCAACAUCACCUUCGCACUCCUCUUCGGCCAGCGGUUUGACUACCAGGACACCAUGUUUGUGUCCCUGCUGGGUCUCAUUGAUGAGGUCAUGGUUCUCCUGGGGUCACCCAGCCUACAGUUGUUCAACAUCUACCCCUGGUUGGGGACCCUGCUCCAGCUGCACCGGCCUGUCCUGCGCAAGAUCGAGGAAGUGCGUGUCAUCCUGAGGACUCUCCUGCAGGCGCGGGCCUCCCCCACGCCCCAGGGUGGCCCUGCGCAGAGCUACGUGGAUGCUCUGAUCCAGCAGGGCCAGGGGGAUGACCAAGAGGGCCUCUUUGCAGAGGACAACGCUGUGGCCUGUGUGCUGGACAUGGUCAUGGCUGGCACAGAGACCACCUCCGCCACACUGCAGUGGGCCAUCCUGCUGAUGGCCAAAUACCCAGGCGUGCAGGGCCGUGUGCAGGAGGAGCUGGGCCAUGUACUGGGCCCUGGGAGGCUGCCCCGGCCUGAGGACCAGAGGGUACUGCCCUACACCAACGCAGUGCUGCAUGAGGUCCAGCGGUACAUCACGCUCCUGCCCCACGUGCCCCGCUGCACAGCUGCUGACACUCAGCUGGGUGGCUACCUGCUCCCCAAGGGCACACCUGUGAUUCCCUUGCUGACUUCAGUGCUCCUGGACAAGACACAGUGGGAGACCCCGGACCAGUUCAACCCGGGCCACUUCCUGGAUGCGGAUGGGCACUUCGUGAAGCGGGCUGCCUUCCUACCCUUCUCUACAGGCCGCCGAGUCUGCGUGGGGGAGAGCCUGGCUAGGAUGGAGCUCUUCCUGCUGUUCGCUGGCCUCCUCCAGCGCUACCGCCUACUGCCUCCACCUGGCAUCAGCCCCACUGCCCUGGACACCACUCCUGCCCCAGCCUUCACCAUGCGGCCCCGUGCUCACACCCUGCGGGCAGUGCCCUGGCCCUAGGAGCUUCCACUGGGCAAACUCCCAGGGGCUGCCCCUCCUGGGCCUCUAGUGUGGACGGCAGGGGUGGGGGGCAGCGCUCCUGAGCAGGAACACUGCCAGGCCCCACUCCCUGGUCAGCACCUCUCUGGGCCCCACCUUGACCGCAGCCACCACAUGGCUUCCAUGCCACAGACCUGCCCACGGUGGGUAGGGCUGUCCUGUCCAGUAUGGGCUGGUAACAACCUUAUCUAAAUACCACGGGGACAGAAGUGCCCCUCCAUAGCCAAACACCCUGACCCCGCCCGAGUCUGUGCCUCUGAGGCCCUGGGCUCCCUCCCAGGAUUGCACACAAACAUGGAUUCCCUCCUCCACUCUUGCUUCCAGGGCAGCAGGACACCCCUCCCUGCCUUUCUUCCUCAUUCCUUACCUCCCAUGUCCUCUGGUGCCUUUUCUGCAGUCACCCUCAGAGUGUCUCUCUGAUCUAUUCCCUACUAUCCAGUUCCCUACCAGGGCCAGUGUCCACCAGGCAUGUACAGUUUUGGGGUACAAGGAAAUACAGGGUGAUGCCUAGGCUCAGGGGUGACGUCUACCCAGAGAUUGGUCUUAGUCCAGGAGUCCCAUGACCUACCUCAUUCUUGGUGCACCUGAGAGCCAUGCCCAGAGUCCUCUGAAUGUCGCUAGUUGCUGCCUCCAGCCCGCAGCCAGAGCCAAGUGCAUACUCCUUAAAGGCCAGCUCACACUUAGCUUGUAUGGGCACUGGGGCCAAGGCUUCAUGGUCUGUCCCAACACCUGGGGUCCUGAAACAAAUUCCUCCCACCCUGUGCCUCAGUUUACUCACUGGUGAAAUGGGUCACCACGACUGCAGGACCAUUGAGCUUUGAGGGAGGUGCAGGGUGGAGAUGCUGAGAGUCCAGGGGCCAACCCCAAACCAAGGUGUCCACAGGGAAUGGAGAGGCUGCUGAGGAGGGGAGGCCCCUAACCCCACGAGGGUCACUCUGCUGAUCUCCCCCAGGGCUGGGCAUAGGCAGCACGUGGAGGAACGGAGGUCCCAGGCAAGCCCUUGAGCACUCCCACAGCCAUGCCCUGGACAGGGAGGGGCAGCCCCGAGACGCCUCAGGGGAGGUGGGCCACACAGGGCAGCCACCAAAGUCAGGCUGUGUUGGCAGGUGAGGUUCAAGGCCAUUUCAGGAGGCUGCUGACCCUGACCUGCUGUCUGCCAACCUCACGGGAUCCUGGUGCAGAAAGGGAGACCCGCACCCUGACAUGCCCGAAGCACAAGAAGCUUCCCUUCUCUCAUGAUGCACCCAGGCCGUGGGGCAGGGCCUCAGGUUGGGUGUUACCACACUGCCCACGGGGCUACCUGUCUCUCAGAUCUCCAGGCUACAUGGGCUGGGCUGGAAGCUCCGGUGCUUCUGCCUGAUUCUCAGCUCAUUUGUGGGAUCCUUGGGGGAGCCUCCCUUCACCAUUGAAGCAGCCGGCUCUGGGGUGCACACCUGGGGUGCAGGAAAGCCGAGAUUGCCCCCCACCUGGCCUUGAUGGCUCCCAGGCCUUCCAGAGGUGGGGCUUCUCCACAGAGACCACUAUGGACAUUCGCAUGUGGUGCACCGUCCUGGGGUCCAGCCUUAGCUGGGGUCCUGCUUUGUACCUGGCAAGCCUUCUUCAAACCCGCCUCGGUUCAGGCCAUUGUCCUGGGAGCCUGGUGGGCUGCAGGUGGGGACACUCAAGGCUCGCUGUGACAAGGGGAAGGGGGUUGGUCCUCCUGUCAGCAUGGUGGCUCCAGAGUCAGAGGGCUAGCAAGGGAAGGGGGGCAGCUUCCAAGCUAAUUGUUACCUCCAGGAACCUUUCUUAGGGUCCUUCUGAUCCCCACUCAUCUGCCAAAUCUCUGCCCUACGCCUUGACCAUGACCUUGGUAGAGAACACAGGAACCAGCUGCUGAGUGGGUGGAGGCCCAGUUGGGGAUAUGGAUGACACACAAAUAGCAAAGGGGUACCUUCUGAGCAAGGGAGGCACCCAGCCACAAGGAUUGGGGGGGCACUGCUUACUCAGGGUUGUGACAGUGCGGGCCAGUCAGUUGAGUGGGAUAGGGUCCCUGGUCCAGGGACUUCACAUGCACAAAAGGUGGCCCCUCCUGGAGAAAGAAAAGGAACUGUAGCUUUCCUGCCGUGGAGCAGCAUGACACAUCUCCAGUCCCCAGAGCGGGCGCAGCAAGCUCCCAAUAACUGUGGGAAGGUCACUGCAACAGAGGCUUGCAGGGACAAGGUGCUGACACUGUGGUCACGUGAAGGAGUGGGUCAAGGAGGCGAGGGGAGCUUGGCUGCAUCCAGUCACGUGUUUCUGGGGAAGAGCUAGGCGACAGGCAUAUAAGUAUCUGCUCCUCUAUUCUCACGUUUGGAACCUGUCAUUUAAAGGUUGAGGGCAGAAAGAACGGCCAUCGGGGUGGGCACCCCACCUGUCCCAGCACCAAGGGGGAGCUUUUCCAACAGAACAAACUAAUCUCACCUGGCCUCAACUUCAGCUGGCCCAAGGACUAUCUGGGGAAAUGCUGGUCCCUUCUUCCCAGCAUUGGGGAGACUCAGCCGACACUCAAGACACAGGUGAUGGGGUCGUGAGAUCAUCACCCAGAGUCCGGGGGCCACUUGCAGCCUGGAGAAGCCCAUCUCCAGCGUGAGGCAAAACUCCAGCAUGUGCUGGAUUCUGGGUGGGAGGACUGUCCACUAUUGCCCAUUGCUGCACCCUGGGGUGAUGCUGCUCACACCUGCCCCAGGAGGCCGGGAACUGGACAAGUGGGCUUGGAAGCAGGUGGGUGAAUCCCUGCUCUGCUGGGCAAGAUGCCAUGUGGGUGCAUCCAGAGGAUUCUAACCUUAAUUACUACUCAGCUUGAAGGUUCUUUACUUUAUCAUCUGUGACCCACCCCCCCGCCACGAAAAUGAGGAGGGUAUGAGAUGUUGAGGUCCCUGAGGACAGAUACGGAAACUGAGGUUGGGGUGUAACUUGCGCUCAGCUGGGAGGCAGGGGAUGGUGACCAGGCACAGUGCCUGUGCCCAGGAGCUGCCAGAAAGCUUGUGCCACCAGGAGGAGGGUGUGGGAGCCAGCACCAGCGAAGAGCAGGAGGACAGCAGAAGCCCAGCCUGCCACAUCAGAGAAGUCAGAGGGACAAUCAGGAAAAGAGAAAGACACAGCAGGCAACUGCUCCAGGAAGAGCGCAAGACAGACCCAACACUGCCUCCGUUCUGAGAUCUCAGAACCGUGCCUAAACACACAUCCUUCAAGACACAGCGGACAGAAGCUACCUCCUCAGGGGCUGGUCUCCAGGUGCCCAGUGGAUCUGUGAGGGUCCCACCACCCCAGUCAGCGCCUGCCCCUCACCCAGAGUUCCUGUGCCAGUCCACCUGCGCGCCAUGGCUCCCAACACCAUUCUGACUUUUGAACAGUGGUUUCUGGUUGGUCAAGCCGUGCACACACCUGCUGAUAAAGAGGAACCUUAGGAGGAAACAAACACUGUCACCUCAUGUUGCCAGCAGGCUUUGUCCUGCAGAUGUCUUUGUGACCUUUCUCCUGAAGAUGUGUCUGUCCUAGAGGUGUCCUGGGGAACACUAGUUUAUUAAAAUCAACUUUAGUGAGGAA